AAUUACUUAUUUUUUAUUGUAGUAUGUUGGCACCACUGCCGCCAGGUUAUAUUGUGAAGUAGGUUUCAUUAGUGUUUUUGUUUUUAUCAUGGGAUUAAGUUUUAUAAUGUUUCUUGCUUGAAAUAUUAAUUCUGAAGAUAUUACAAUUUUUAACGUGAUUGAAUUUAUAAAGUGUUAGCUUCUUGAAAUAAAAAUGGCUUUAAGUAAUCCUUCAGUGCCAGUUUCUGAAAUCUUGAAGAGUAGUGCUGAUUCAGAUGAGCCCAAAAAGAAAUCUAGGGAGGAUUGGCGUAAAGCGAAGGAAUUGGAGGAAGCAAGAAAGGCUGGUACUGCCCCUGCUGCUGUAGAUGAGGAAGGGAAAGAUAUUAAUCCCCACAUUCCACAAUACAUUUCAUCUGCUCCUUGGUACUAUAGUGCUAAAGGCCCUACACUUAAACAUCAGAGAAUACAAGAAGAGAGUGUUAAAAAGUUUUCCGGUAUUGAUGAAUGGUACAAGCGAGGAGUUGACUCUUCAAAAGUGAUAACAAAGUAUAGAAAAGGUGCUUGUGAGAAUUGUGGAGCCAUUACCCAUCAAAAAAAAGAUUGCAUGGAGAGACCACGGAAAAUAGGUGCUAGAUUUACUGGUGCUAAAAUUGCACCUGAUGAAUUUGUUCAACCUGAGCUCUCACGAGAUUAUGAUGGCAAAAGGGACCGAUGGGCAGGAUAUGAUCCAAUACAACAUAAAAUGGUUAUUGAGAGAUAUGCUAGGAUUGAUGAGGCCAAAAGGCAGUUGAGGGCAGAUAAACUUAAUUCUGAACAGUCAGAAGAAGCUGAAGAAGAAGAAACAAAAGAAAGUAUUGCUGAUGAAGGUGGUGAAGAUGAGGAUAAAUAUGUGGAUGAAGUAGACAUGCCAGGGACAAAAGUAGAUUCGAAACAGAGAAUCACUGUGAGAAAUCUCAGAAUCAGAGAAGACACAGCCAAAUAUUUGAGAAACCUUGAUCCCAGUUCUGCCUACUAUGACCCUAAAACAAGGAGUAUGAGGGACAACCCUUACGCUGGAUCUGCAGAUACUGAUGUGGACUAUGCUGGAGAAAAUUUUGUGCGCUUCACCGGAGAUACGUUAGAUCAUGCAAAAGUGCAGUUGUUCGCAUGGGAGGCACAUAACAAGGGUGUUGACGUUCAUCCUCUUGGAGAACCCACCAGGCUGGAAGUACUUAAGAAGGAAUUUGUUGGGAAGAAAGAAGAGUUCAAACAAAAAGGACAAGAAGACCUCAUUAAAAAAUAUGGUGGAGAGGAACAUCUAAAAGCCCCUCCUAAAGAACUUUUAUUGGCUCAGACUGAAUAUUAUGCUGAGUAUACUCGUUAUGGAACUGUUAUUAAGGGACAAGAAAAAGAAGUGGUGAGGUCCAGGUAUGAGGAAGAUGUGCUUAUAAAUAAUCAUACAACUGUAUGGGGAUCAUUUUGGCAUUCAGGAAAAUGGGGAUAUAAGUGCUGUCAUUCUUUUAUUAAGGGGUCUUAUUGCACUGGUGAAGCUGGUAGACUAGCGGCAUCUGCUGGAGAGGUAGCUGUCAAGGGCCCGGCAUUUAUUCCUCCACAUCCGUCUACACCAUCUGCCUCCUCCUCUUCUACGUCUUCCGAUUCUUCAUCGUCGUCGUCAUCAUCAGAGGAUGAAGAAGAGAAAGAAAGGAUGAAGAAGAAACAAGAAAAGAAGAAAGCGAAGAAGAAGAAGCAAAAAGUAAAGAAACUUAAGAACAAAAUCAAAAAUAAGAAACCUGAAGAAAAGACUGAAGAAGAAAAACUUCAGGAAGCCUUGAAAAAGGAGGAAGAAGCUCAGAAAGAAGGCGAAAGACUUUCAAAAAUGGAUGACCGCAAGAGGCCAUACAACAGCAUGUUCGAAGUACAGAAACCUACUGACGUGGAAAUGGAAGCAUAUUAUAUGAAGAAGAAGAGGGAUGAGGAUCCCAUGGCAAACUUCUUAUAAUCAGUUCACUAUGGAUCCUAAAAAUAUUUACUAAUGAGUUCAUAUUAUCAUUCUAAUAAUUUUCAAUGAAAUUUAAUUGCCAAUUAUAUUGGUUACUGUAAUUAAAGUGUUUUAUAUAAAAAUUGUAUAUAGUUCAUACAUGUAAAUAAUAUAUUGUAAUUAAAAUAAAUUUGUAAAUUU